AUGGAUGAACAGCGAAACUCCAUUGAAAUUAUUGGAAAUAAGAUUUACGAGGCGAAGACUAUGCGCAUCAACUACACAACCUACAAUGUACAACGGGGUUCAGACCUCAUUAAGUCUCAGACAGACAACUCCUUUAUCAUGGUACAUUCCCCCAACACAGAAGAGACACAUCCCUUUUGGUAUGCACGAGUUAUCGGUAUCUUUCAUGCACAGAUUCUGAGAAGAGACCGGGAACAUGCGAGUCAAAAGCCCCAGCACAUGGAGUUUCUCUGGUUACAAUGGCUAGGGAUGGAACCAGGUUAUCGCUCAGGAAGACAUUUGGCUCGGCUACCAAAAGUUGGAUUUGUUCCGGAGGAUGACGAGGCAUUUGGAUUUUUAGAGCCCGAUGCAGUCAUCCAGGCCUCACAUCUUAUUCCACAGUUCAGCAUGGGGAGAGGGAACGACCUUCUAUCAACAACUGAUCCAACAGCUGCCUGUACUCAAGAUGAACAUGGCAACUGGCUAAACUUUUAUGUUGAUAUUUUUGUCAACCGCGAUAUGUUCAUGCGAUUUUCUGGUGGUGGGAUUGGACAUAUAAAUAGUGCUCGGUCAUGCUCAAAUGAGACUGGAACAGUUGACAACACAAACGACCCUGCAACUGAAUUGAACAACAUUGCUGAUGGCCUUCGUGCAGCAAAUGAGACAGAGGAGGCCUUGCAAGAUAAUAGUGAAAUGGAUGUUGAUGGUUAUAAUGAAGUGAGGUCAAACUUGGAUGACAUUGAGGAUCCAGAGUGGAUGGGAGUUGACGGGAGUGACCAAGAUAGUAACUUUGGAAGCGACUCGGAGGAGGAUGAUUUAGACUAUGGAGAAUUUUAA